AUGGACGCGGUUUUGGAACCCUUCCCGGCCGACAGGCUGUUCCCCGGAUCCAGCUUCCUGGACUUGGGGGAUCUGAACGAGUCGGAUUUCCUCAACAAUGCGCACUUUCCUGAGCACCUGGACCACUUUGGGGAGAACAUGGAGGACUUCUCCAAUGACCUGUUCAGCAGUUUCUUUGAUGAUCCUGUGCUGGAUGAGAAGAGCCCUCUGCUGGAUAUGGAACUGGACUCCCCUACGCCAGGCAUUCAGGCUGAGCACAGCUACUCCCUGAGCGGUGACUCGGCACCUCAGAGCCCCCUUGCGCCCAUCAAAAUGGAGGACACCACCCAAGAUGUGGAACAUGGAGCAUGGACGCUGGGACACAAACUGUGCUCCAUCAUGGUGAAGCAAGAGCAGAGCCCGGAGCUGCCCGUGGAUCCUCUGGCCGCCUCCUCAGCCAUGGCUGCUGCUGCCGCCAUGGCCAGCACCCCGCUGCUGGGCCUCAGCCCCCUGUCCAGGCUGCCCAUCCCCCACCAGGCCCCAGGAGAGAUGACUCAGCUGCCAGUGAUCAAAGCAGAACCCCAGGAGGUGAACCAGUUCCUCAAAGUGACACCAGAGGACUUGGUGCAGAUGCCUCCAACGCCCCCCAGCAGCCACGGCAGCGACAGCGAUGGUUCCCAGAGUCCCCGCUCUCUGCCGCCCUCCAGCCCUGUCCGACCCAUGGCUCGCUCCUCUACAGCCAUCUCCACCUCCCCCCUGCUCACUGCCCCUCACAAAUUACAGGGGACAUCAGGGCCACUGCUCCUGACAGAGGAGGAGAAGCGUACCCUGAUCGCUGAGGGCUACCCCAUCCCUACGAAACUCCCCCUCACCAAAGCUGAGGAGAAGGCCUUGAAGAGGGUCCGGAGAAAAAUCAAGAACAAGAUCUCAGCCCAGGAGAGCCGCCGUAAGAAGAAGGAGUAUGUGGAGUGUCUAGAAAAAAAGGUGGAAACAUUUACAUCAGAGAACAACGAGCUGUGGAAGAAGGUGGAGACCCUGGAGAAUGCCAACAGGACCCUGCUCCAGCAGCUGCAGAAACUCCAGACCCUGGUCACCAAUAAGAUCUCCAGACCUUACAAGAUGGCAGCCACUCAAACGGGGACCUGCCUUAUGGUAGCAGCCUUGUGCUUUGUUCUGGUGCUGGGCUCCCUUGUGCCCUGCCUUCCUGAGUUCUCUUCCAGCUCCCAGACUGUGAAGGAAGAUCCCAUGGCCUCAGACAGUGUCUACACAGCCAGUCAGAUGCCCUCCAGAAGCCUCCUGUUCUACGACGAGGGGGCAGGCUCAUGGGAAGAUGGCCGCAGUGCCUUGCUGCCCAUGGAGCCCCCAGACAGCUGGGAAAUCAAGCCCGGGGGUCCAGCAGAGCAGCGGCCCCAGGACCACCUGCAGCAUGACCACCUGGACAGCACCCACGAGACUACCAAGUACCUGAGCAAGGCCUGGCCUGAAGACGUCAAUGGAAAUGGCACCAACCCUGACUUCUCCCACUCCAAGGAGUGGUUCCAUGACAGGGAUCUGGGUCCCAACACCACCAUCAAGCUCUCCUAGGCCAUACCAGGACACAGGACGUACCCCCGGCACCCAGAGGAAAAGUUGUCUUGCUCACUAACCGGGAUCCGGCUCGUACCCCUUCCCCUGGA